AUGGGAACACAAAAAUCGGACGUGCAGCAUGUGGCUUCUGGUAAACGGCGGAAUAUGGCUUGUCAUAAUUGUCGGCAAGAUAAGGUGAAAUGUGUAUUCGAUGGAUCCACAAAAAUAUGUACUCGAUGCUCCCAAAAGAGGCGAACGUGUACUGGACCUAUCCCUACAGACCGGAGUAGGUAUAGGAAAGCGAGGAAAGAGGGGAAGUCGAAGGCGAACGGUUAUGAAAUCGACCCGUUCGACAUAUGGAGUGGAACAUCCGACAUGAAGCUAGAGAAGUCCUUUGCCAAGGCUGCUGAAUAUUGUUCAAUACCUCCGAUAAACACGCAAGAUAUGCUUCAGUCCCCCGGAGUACUUUCACCAAAUUCGCACCUUCCUUCCGAUAGAGUCGCAUAUGGCGAAGCCUUUGCAAUAUGCGACAAUGCGUCAUACUCCCAUCCUGAACCGUGGAACUCAUCCAGACGACACGAGUCUUCGUGGACAUGGAACGCUGAUGGAGCGCUGAGCUACGAAAAUCGUCCAGACGUGCGUGGUUCCUACCAUCAUAUUGCUCAAAGCUCGUCAGAUCCGAGAGUGCGGGGUAACACGUAUGGGAUCUAA